GACUACAAGCCCACCUGGCAGGACCAGCUGGCCACUCCAGGGAUGAUGAUUCGCCCAAAGGGAAACCAGCUGGAGAUCACCUUCUCCACCUCAGACACCGAGAGCUGGGACGGCUUCAUCCACAAUCUCAACUCCUUCCUGUCCCCGUACAACGACAGCUAUCAGGUUCAGACCAACGAUGAAUGCACACCUGACGAGUACUUCAUCCAAGAGGACAGCGGAGAGGUGAGGAACAAUCCCAAACGUUCCUGUCAGUUCAAUCGGACGAUGUUGGAGGAGUGUUCGGGGGUUUUGGAUCGUUUCUAUGGUUACGACAAAGGACAGCCCUGCAUCCUCAUCAAACUGAACCGGGUGAUCGGGAUGUUACCGGGGAAGGAAAGACAGUCUCCUUAUGUCACCUGUGCAGCAAAGAGGUACAGAGUGGGUGAAAAUGAGUGGAGGGAGGACAGCGACAAGAUCGGACCUCUGGCUUAUUAUCCUCCUAAUGGGACCUUCAACCUCAUGUACUACCCGUACUAUGGCAAGAAGGCCCAGGUGAACUACACUCAGCCUCUAGUGGCCGUGAAGUUCCUGAAUGCCUCUCUGAACACAGACAUCAACGUGGAGUGUAAAGUGAUCUCCAACACGCUCGCCGCCGGCAGUGACAGGGACAAGUUCGCCGGACGCGUCUCCUUCAAACUGCGAAUCAACGACAAAUAGACACACACACUGACACAGACACACACACACACAAACACACACAAACACGUGAAAGCUGCACUCAUCCAGAUGUUUCCACUUCCUGUCACAGCCUCACACUGACCAGCUGUAUUUUAUAAUUCCAUGUUGUGUUCACUGACCAUGAUGGUGAUGCGUUCACUGACCAGGGUCAUGAUGCAUUUACUGACCAUAAUCAUGAUGCAUUCAGUGACCAUGAUGAUGAUGAUGCGUUCACUGACCAGGGUCAUGAUGCAUUUACUGAC